AUCUUUUGUUAUGAAAUACAUUCACAAAUUCAACGUUAUGUUUAUAUUGUGGACCGAGCAAUGCAAAGAUAUUCAUGGUGGACUUGCAGAAGAAAAAGAGAAGAUGUGUGCAUGUUGAGUGUGUGAGGUCUCCUCCAGCAGGCUCCUCCCUGAGAGAAAACAUUCCAAGAGAGAACUCGGCCCCAGGACCCGCAAAGUCUCCCGUCUUUAUCCCCUCCAGCACCCUGCGCUUGCUUGGACCAGGAGGUUGUGUGAAGUUCUGGAAGGAAUCCCGAUGAGAGAACAAUGAAGCUUGUGUUGAUCCUGCUGGUGUCCACUGGCUGGACGCUUUGUGCGUCUCAGUUCUACUACCAGGCCCUGAUGGACUAUGUGGAGAACAGACUGUUGGCUAUCGAGGGCCACAUGCACCUGUGGCAGGAGCAACUGCGGCAGCACCACGGGGAGCUGCAGGACUUACACAAACAGUCCAACAAGACCAUGGAGGCCCUGAGGCAGCAGCACGGCGUGCUGACCAAAGACAUGGCGGCGGCGGCAGCCCGCGUGGAGCGUGUGGAACGAGACAUGGACUUUGUGGAGAGCCGGACGUCCCCGAGGGCCUGCGCUAAUCAGGCGGAGCGUGUGGUGGAGCAGGGAGUGUGGAGCCAGGAGGAAAGCCGAGGAGACCAGGACCAGGGCUGGGAAGAGAUUCCCUCCAGAGUGUCUGACUGCGUGGAAAUCACCUCUGCCAUCCGCUCGGCAAAGAUCCUGAAGCGGAUGGGCGCUUCUAAGGGCGUGUGGUUUCGAGACCCCAGGUCGUCCAAGGUUUACGUGUUUAACGGGACAGCAGGGGACACCGUCUACCAGUUUGAGUCCGUGAAGGAGUUUGGGGGGUCUGCAGCGGGCGCCCUCGGCCGACCCAUCAAGCUGCCCUCUGACUGGAGGGGGAGCGGUGUGGCUGUUUACAACGGGUAUCUGUAUUACAUCCAGCAGGGGGCAGACGUGCAGGUGGUCAAAUACGACAUCCUGAGGGGCGAGCCUGUGGACGCGGCCAUCCUCCCUGUGGAGAGUCACUCUGUCGUUUACAGCCUCAACCCAGAGACGUUGGCAGACAUCGCGGUGGAUGACCAAGGCCUCUGGCUUCUUUACGCCAACAGCGAGAGCGAGCCCAACAUCAACCUGGCCAAGAUGGACCCCAUCACGUUGGACAUUGAGCAAAUCUGGGACACCCGCUGCCCCAGGGACAAGUCGGAGGCGGCAUUUGUGGCGUGCGGGACCCUCUACGUUGUUUACAACACUCGGCUGGCCAGUCGCUCGCGUGUCCAGUGUGUCUUUGACGUUAACAACAAGGUUACGAGCGAGGAGGCGCCGCUCUUCUACUUCCCCCGACGCUAUGGAGCCCACGCCAGUCUGAAGUACAACCCCGAAGAGAAACAGAUCUACAGCUGGGACGACGGAUACCAAAUCCUCUACAGGCUGAGUGCCAAGAGGAAACUCUUGGUUUGACAAGAAUAAAUUAUCCAGGACUUUCUUCCAAUUUUUUCCCGAGUAAAACCAUAGAAGUUAGAAAAUAUAUAUGUUAGGCUCGAUGAAGACUCUGAGCCUUCUUCGGCGUAGAGAAAAACGUCUGUUAGGUUUACUGACGACUCUAAAAUCAUCUUCAAUAUUUCCAAUAACGCGUACGUAAGGUUGGUUGAACAUGGCCAACCCUUUUUAAUGUUUUGAUAACUCAAACAUUGUCUUGUCUGUCGCCAAACAGUUUAUCAAGUCUUCCAAAACAUGUACAGUACAUGUUAGCUUUGUGUAAAUUGUCUUUGGCCUUGUUGGAGACUCCACCAACCCUUUCCGAUUACAUACGAUGUUUCAGUGAUGUCUACCAAACACGUAUGAUAGGUUUGUCUCAAUUUGUUGCGCUUGUUGGAGACUCUAAACUCUCUUCAGCGUUACGUUUGUCUGCACGUGUGUUGGUUGUACAUAAGACUCUAAAACUGUCCUACUGACUAAUGUGACCGAUCGUUUCCAAUGUUUUUGAUAACACAUAUGUUGUCUUCGUCGAAGGCACCAAAGAAUUUUGGACGUCUACCAAAACACGUAUGCUGAAUUUGUCUAAAUUGUCUCUGUGGGUCGUGCUCAUUGGAGACUUGAAACCCUCGUCAGCGUUGAUGAAAAACACACGUUAGGUUCCUAUGCAUUUACGGUAGACAAAAACGUCUGUGUUAGGUUUAUUCAGAACUCUAAAGUUGUCUUACGAUUACAUUAAGUUUGCUGAACAAGGCCAAUCCUUUGCGAUGUUUUUGAUAAUACGAAUGUUUUUCUCCGUUUAAGAACACUUUUGACGUCUACCAAAACAGGUACAUGUUAGGUUUGUCAAAAUUGUCUUUAGGUAUGCUAAGUUCGUCUAAAUUGUCUUUGUGCUUUGUGCUCGUCAGUGUUAACGAAAAACACAUUCGGUCCUUCUGUGUUUACGUUGUAGGUUACAUUCGCUGACAACUCUAAAACCAUCUUCAGUCAAUUAUUUUUGAUAACACUUACGAUAGGUUUGCCUAACCCUAACUCUAACCCUAACAUGACCAACCUUUCCCGAUGUUUAUGAUAACAACUACAUUGUCUUUGUCAAAGACACCAAACAAUUUUGGACGUCUACCAAAGCACGUAUGCUAGAUUUGUCUCAAAUGUCUUUGAAAACACAAAACGAAAAACACGUUAGGUCCCUCUGUGUUUACAUUGUAAGUUAGGUUUACUUACAACUAUAAAAUCGUAUUCAAUAUAAUAUUUACGAUACCGCUUACGUUAGGCUUGCUGAAUGUGACCAACCCUUUCCGAUUCCGAUUUUGACAACACACACGAUGUCUUCAUUGACGUCUACCAAAACACGUAUGCUAGGUUUGUUUCUUUCUGUGUUGCGUUCAUUGGAAACUCUACACAGCCUUCAGCGUUAACGAAAAAAACACAUUAGGUGCUUCUGCGUUGACGGUAGACAAAAACGUGUCUGUUAUAACGUGUACUCUAAAAUCGUCUUACGCUUAUGUUAGGGUUGCGGAACGUGACCAAUCCUUUCCAAUGUUUUUGAUAACACACACGUUGUCUUCAAUGAAGACAACAAACCGUUUUUGAUGUCGAACAAAGAGCGUACAUGUUAGGUUCGUCUAAAUUGUCAAAACUCUAAAAUCGUCUUCAACAAACAUAUAUGCGUUGAGUUGCAUUUUCUUUGUUGUCGCAAAAACAUUUAGGUUCAAGUCGUUUGAUGUUUACAAAAUAUAUGUCAUUUUUGUGAGGAGAAACAUUUCUCAUAUACAUUUCUAAUAUACUGCCCCCUAUUGGUUUGCAGGGCUGACUUGGCGAGCUAUCUUGCUAAUUAAACACCUAAGUGAAUAUAAGCAUUUCACAUCGCAUUUGUGCUUAUAAACAGAGCAAAUCUCACAUUUUCCAACACAAUGUAUCUUCAGUAUUAUUGGCAAUAAAGCAACAACACAGAAACACUUUAAUUGGAUGUUGUCAAGCGUCCCCGCAGUGUCGUCUCAUCUCACGUUGUCGGUGGCCGCCGUGGCUCGUUAGGCCCAAAAACACACAAACAAGAGCCCGCUUUGCAUAUAAGAUCCUUUAAUCCAAAGAAAGAUAAGGUCACAGAACCCAGAACACCAAUAUGACACCUCAUGGAAGGAAAACAACAAAUUGGUCUGACAGUGACAACUAGUAGCCGAUAGAAUGUCGAUAAUAACGUCAUCAGACUUCAUGAUAACAACUCAACUCUUCAUGGUAUCGCACGCGUUCAUCUUUGUUACAAAUACAAAAUGUUCAAUAAAAAAAUUCAGUGCUAUCAUAUCAAGAAAGCAUAUUGAGAAAGGUAGGUGGAGCUAAGCGAUAACAGUCCAAAACAUGUACAAAAACGAGAUCGUACAUACAGUGGAUGCUCGAAUUUGAACGUUUGAGCAAACAAACUGGAAUUCCAGCGAAAGUUUCAAGGAAAUAUUUGAAAGCCCAAAUGAAAGUUAAAGAAGACCGUAUUUUUCAAGCAGUUGUUUCAAAAUAGUCACAACCACCGUAGACCUGGAAGAAUAACGUAAAGUCAAUGGUCUGCUUUGCUAGACAAUUUAUUAUUUCUAAAACCUCGCUUAUGCUUCUGUGUCAAGGCGACGGCGUAAGAGCUGUGAUUGGUCGGCUUUUACUACAUUAUUUCUUGUGUGUGUACGACUUGUUCCGAGGGCGUAUACAGCCAACCUUUGUGAACAUUCUCUAUAAUUUCGGAUGAACAUUUGCAGCAUAAGUGGCCGUUGGAACUGUGGUCAUCCCGCGCGGUAGUAACUCUACUUAAGCUCCCCAAAUGGGCAAAAAUAGUAUUGCUCUAAAAAAAAAAUCUGCAUAAGUUUGACCCCAGGAAGACGGGCUUCAUUCUCCUACUCUGUAGAUAGGUCCGAGAUUUUUUUGUGCGUACAACAGGGGUUGCAGUUUUCUUUGGGUCAUGUUAAAAUUUUGUCUGUUGGUAACUCUACUUGAGAUCUCUAAAUGGGGCAAAACGGUAUCACUCCAUAAAAAAAAAUUGGGGGCUGACUCUCCCACUAUAGGUCGGACAUUUUUUUUUUGUGACGAACAGGGGUUGCAGUUUUCUUUGGGUCAUGUUCAAGUUUUGUGUGUUGGUAACUCUACUUGAGAUCUCCAAACAGGGCAAAAAUGGUAUCACUCUGUGAAGAACAAAGAACCAUAUAAGUUUGACCCGAGAAAGAUGGGGCUGAUUCGCCCUCCCUGUGGAUAGGUCCAAAGAUUUUUUGUGCGUAGAACAGAGAUCACAGUAUCUUUGGAUCGUGUUCAAGUUUGACCCUUGGGAGACGAGGUUGAUGCUCCCACACUGUGGAUAUGUCCGCAGAGAUAUGAGAUUUUUUGUGCGUAGUUUUCUUUGGGUCCUGUGUUUUGGUAACUGUACUUGAGAUCUCCAAAUGGGGCAGAAAUUGUAUCUUUUUAAAGUUAUGACUUGUUUACGUUGUUUUGCGAAACAUAGAGUAUCACAAACAAUUGGUGGGCUGCGUUGUGCGUGCCGACAACCGUGUGUUUCUUAUGGAGGAAAUUCAAAUCCAAUCAAACUGGGAUGGAUUACGCUUGGUUUCCGAGGGUCUGAAGUACGGUACGUGGUUGUAUUUUUUGUUUGUGCUCUGAUAUGACACUUGACAUGUUGUGGAUGCUCGCCAAUAAAAGUAAGUGAGAUGACACAACCAUCAACGCAUGGACUCACCGUCGCCACCGCUGAACAAACGCCAAUUAGGCUAAAUGUCACAGCUCUUCCGACGCCCACCCAACUGGGCUGACCCCCGUCUGGCCGACGCAGCGGUAAAUGUCGAAAACAGAUCCUGCCGGAAACAUCUGCACCUACACAGUCUGGAAAGCGGAGCCACUGGAGACACACUGUUGAUAUAUGGUCAGGUCGUUUGUGCACGCAAGUGGCCCAGAUGCGGAAGAUAGGGGGCAUGGUUUAGCAAACUUGUGAAUGCUUGUCAUGAAAAUAACUAAGUUCCUUCUGUUUCCAGAGUUGUUUAUUUUCUAUUCAGAUUUUUUGGCCACUUGGGGGCAGUACAAGCAACGAUGUGACACCCUAAUCUUCAUCCAAUCGUCCCAUUAGAAAACAACUUUUCAUUUGCUGAAACUCAUUUUUAGUGUCCUUAUUAAAUGUUUUGGCCAGUUGGGAGCAGCAUAAAAUAAUUUUGAACCCAACCCUGAUUGAAUCGGAUUGGCCACAUUUAGAUAUGACACACCGGGUCAUCAACCAGUUCUCUUUCUCCAUCCAUUUUCCCUCGAUUUUAGACUUCGAAAACAACAAUGCACAAGUGGUUAGAUUUUGUGCAGAUGGAAUGAGAUUUUUUUUAUUGUUUUUUGGGCCUGUUGGGGGCAGCAUAAAUGACUUUUGAACCCAACCCUGAUCCAAUCUUAUUGGAGACCUUCAGAUAUGACACACCGGGUCAUCAACCAUCAACAUUUUUUGCGGAUCCAGUGGGUUUUUUUAAUGUCGUCGGCGUUUUUUUUGGCCAGUUGGGGCCGACAUAAAAGAUGUUCAAACCCAACCCUGAUUGAAUCUGAUUGGCCGCCUUUAGAUAUGACACACCGGGUCAUCAACCAGUCAUUUUUCACUAUUCCCUCCCCUCCCCGUAUUUAGACAUCGAAAACAACCUUGCAUAAAUAUGGUUAGAUGAAAAUGAAAAUGUUAAUGUUAUUGUUGUGGUUUUUUUUUUUUUACUAACGACUUUUAAAUUGAUUGAACCUGAUUGGCCGCCACUAGAAAUGACAGAUUGUCUUGAUCUACAUUUCUUAAUGUCGUUAUGGUCAUUAAACAAACUGAAGUUUCGUUUGUGACCAAACAAA